CCCUAUCUAGGAGUAAAUUAUAACAAAAGUGCAUAAAUAGGAGUCUAAAGCUCCCUAUAAUUACGUAGGAGUAAAAAUUAGUAAGUUGACAUAAGUACCCUUAAUGAAGGGUAACUUGAUUUCUUUAUUGAAAAAAUAAAAUAAACUACUCCGUACUAAUACAAAGCUUCAGACACACAAAGCUUCAGAACACUAUUCUCGUGCCCAACACCGAAGCCAUAAGCCCAGAAUUGUCCUUGCUAACAUUUGCUAUUGCGGCCAACACCAAUUGCUACCGCCGUUGCUGCAGCCACCACGGUUGCUAGCCGCCGCCACGGCCGCCGCAACCACCCAUGUUGCCUGUUGCCGCCGCCAUUUCUAUUGACGGCACAGCUCCGGCCAUUGAUGUUGGAUCUUGUGCCGCAGGUACUCAUCCUGUAUUCUCGCCCCAACUUUGGCUUUUCAGCACCAGCUCUCGCACCACCAGCAUCUACCUCAAGUCUUGAAAGAGUGUCCUAAAAUAUGCCUCUUAAUGAAAUUUGCACAAAAACAGAGGAUACAGAUGAUAUUGCCAUCUUCACAAUUUCAUGACAUUAUAAACAUAAAUUUUCUUAUUGCCAUCAAGAUAAACUUUAGUUCCAUAUAGAUGGAAUUAUUGUUCAAAUUAACUCUUUAUAUUGUCAUCCUGAUGAACUUUAUUGCCAUAUAGAUGACAUUAUUGUGUCAAAUUAACACUUUAUAUGGACAUCAUGAAAUUAUUAGUAUUGCAUUUGCAGUGAAGUAAUAUUACCAUCCUGAUGGAUUUCAUGCCAUAAAAGUGAAACUAUGUAUUGAAAUUAACAGAUUCAUACAAAAUUAGUGACGUGUUAAUACAGAAAAGCCGUCUUUUUUUAAUUGACAGUUGAAUUAGAAAUUGUGAAACUGGUAAUUCCAAAUUUAAAAAAAAACUAAUCUGAAAUAUAUAAAAUGAAUUUAUAAAAAAUCAAUUGUAAAAAUACAAUUGAAAUUCUAUGAAAAAGAAUGAGGGUACAAACGAAUUGGGGGGAUUAGGAGGAAGGAUCGAAUACGAAAAAAGAGGAAUAAGAAAGGAGAAGAAAAAGAAAGAAGAGGAAGAAGAGAAGAGAAGGAGAAAGAAGAACGAACUUACUUGGCCUGUGCGCUACUGCUGUUCGUGGGAAACUUCACCAUGGAGAAGAGAACAUGGUCGCAGAAGAGACUGGGAUAUUGAGAAGAGGCGGUUGGAUUUUAACGAGGAAGAGAGAAAAAAUAGCGGAUGGGGUGCAGGGCAUAAUGGGAAGAGGAAAACGGGAGGACGUUUAUAAACUCCUAUUUAGGAUAUAAAUUUGAGUGUACUCCUAUUUUGGAAUUUUGGUGAUACUUUACUCCUAUUUAGGAUAAUAAC